UAGAUCCAAGUUAAAUACUGGCCUAUAUAUUCAAGGUAACCUUUGUGAACGCGGGGUGCUGGUGAGCAUGAUGUGGAAAUCUAAAGCACAGAUGUUCCACUGGUGUGCGCUUCAGUGGACGCCGAAACACAGUGUUGAAGUGAAACAGAGCUACAAAACUCGGAGUGCGCACAAGAGGAAGAAAACAAAACGUUGUAUGGACUCAUUUGAAGUGAAACAGAUAAAGUGAUAAUCCCCUGCCUUUCGAGAGAGUGAUGACCCCAAAUGAACUUCAAAUAGCGGUUCCCCUAAGUUUUCCGAAUGAAACACAUCUAAACCGUGUCUCUCUAUACCUGUACCUGGCACACGUGAUGACGGGUCCAGGUUAGAACUCUGUCAGGUUUCGUGAUCUCCUGAAUGCUGUCCCACGUGCAAUAAAUAAGAGAAGUGUCAGAUAAUAAUCAUUGAAAGCAGACAAACAGAUUGACGCAUCUGUCAGCCUGAGCGCUUAACUGUACAAAACGUUACCAAUUACACAAACAAAAAAAGGGCGUGCUUGGUAAUCUGAUGGCCAUGGCAACAAAGGCAACGUUUGGUUUGUAACCCUUCUGCACUCCGUGGCUGCAAAACGGGCUUCGACUUACUUUCUACGAGGCCAAUUGUUGUCUUGUGUUUCCCAACUUUUGUUUUGCUGUUAUUCAGCCCUUUAACCAAAUUCACAGUCAGCAUUCUCACAAUAUCUGGGAUUGAUGAUGCAAAGAGGCCAAUAGAAGUGAGGGCCCUGCACCGUGGAUUGUUAUUUGGUGAGUGGAUGUUAUUGGGGGGAAAGGGGCUCCGCCAAUGAACGAGAAGCUCCGGAGCCACGUGACUACCCCCCUCCUCUCCCAUUCAUCAGGGCUGGACUGUGUUGUCUUUUCAAUUCAUUUAUCUGCAGGAAUGAUUGCGACUAUCAGUCUAGAGCUCACCGCCUGACUGAGGAGGUGAAAGUUGCGCCACAGGAAGAUAAACCGCAAAAGACAAUAUUGCAUGUAUACACGAUUUUGCGUGUGCAUCGGAUGAGCGGUAUAGGGGGAUUCCUCGCGUCUUAAAAAGUAAACAGAAAUUCGGUGGAUUUGAGAGUUUGCUCAGUGUAGAGGUCCAAGAGAUACAGAGAGGGGGAGGAAGAAUAUCUGCGCGUGGUUUUUUGAUUUCUGCUCUCAGUCGUCUCAGCGAGUCUAGACUGAAGAUGCUCCUGGACGCAGGACCGCAGUAUCCCACCAUAGGAGUCACUACUUUCGGCUCCUCACGGCAUCACUCAACAGGCGAAGUCACAGAGAGAGAAGUAGCGUUGGGGAUAAAUCCGUUCGCGGAUGGGAUGGGCGCCUUCAAAAUAAACCACAGCUCCCACGAUAUUGGCUCCGGACAGACGGCGUUUUCUUCCCAGGCGCCCGGCUACGCAGCAGCUGCCUUGGGACACCAUCACCACCCGACCCACGUUGGCUCUUACUCCACGGCGGCUUUCAACUCCACCAGGGACUUUCUCUUCAGAAAUCGGGGUUUUGGGGAUGCCACCGGGGCGCAGCACAGUCUGUUUGCCUCCGGAAGUUUCGCAGGGCCACAUGGACACUCAGAUGCAGCCGGGCACCUGCUCUUCCCAGGGCUCCACGAGCAAGCAGCAAGCCAUGCCUCUUCCAACGUGGUCAACAGCCAGAUGCGGCUGGGCUUCUCGGGGGACAUGUACGGACGGGCCGACCAGUAUGGCCACGUUACGAGCCCCAGGUCUGACCACUAUGCGUCAACCCAGCUGCACGGCUAUGGCCCCAUGAACAUGAAUAUGGCUGCACAUCACGGAGCAGGGGCCUUCUUUCGAUACAUGAGGCAGCCGAUCAAACAAGAGCUUAUCUGCAAGUGGAUCGAACCGGAACAGCUGACGAAUCCCAAAAAGUCGUGCAACAAAACUUUUAGCACGAUGCACGAGCUUGUGACCCAUCUAACGGUGGAGCAUGUGGGAGGACCAGAGCAGACGAACCACAUUUGCUUCUGGGAGGACUGCUCCAGAGAAGGAAAGCCAUUCAAAGCCAAAUACAAACUUGUAAAUCAUAUCAGAGUACACACCGGUGAAAAGCCCUUUCCGUGUCCGUUCCCCGGCUGUGGCAAAGUAUUUGCUCGAUCGGAAAAUCUAAAAAUACACAAAAGGACUCACACCGGUGAGAAGCCUUUUAAAUGUGAGUUUGAAGGCUGCGACAGGCGGUUUGCAAACAGCAGUGACCGCAAGAAACACAUGCACGUCCACACAUCGGACAAGCCCUAUCUCUGCAAAAUGUGCGACAAGUCAUACACACACCCCAGCUCCCUCCGAAAACACAUGAAGGUCCACGAAUCCAACAAUGCAGGAUCGCAGCCAUCUCCAGCGGCCAGUUCAGGGUACGAGUCGUCGACACCUCCCACCAUAGUAUCACCGUCCACAGAGAACCAGAGCAGCAGCUCCAUAUCACCAGCAGCCUCAGCAGUACACCACACAACCAGCCACAGCACGCUGUCGUCAAAUUUCAAUGAAUGGUACGUGUAAAUAUUUUUGAAAAAGAAAAAGAAAGCAAGGGGAAAAAAGACUGCAGAAAUAAAGAAAUAAAUAAAACUGCUUGGAAUCAAAGACUUUAUCAAGUCAGCCAGUGAAACGAGGACUGAAAAAAACACGGGAGGCCCAAACGAUCAAUAAAAGGCUGCCUUAAUGUCAGUGAAAGAGAAUGCAUGGACAUAAAGGAGGCAAGGACAGCCACCUACUUAAACUUUUCCCCCCCUAAAUAUUUCUUUGAGUCUUUAUUUUUACUGAGAGACUGCUCAAAAAAAAGGAAGAAGAGAGAGAUCUCAAAAAGCAUGCUAUCUGCGGGUAGAGGCCUGAAUUUUUGUACAUAAGGAUUUCACCAAGUUGAAAAAAAAAUGUAAUAUUUUAUUUUGUAAAUAGUUCUAUCACAGUUUAAGGGAAUUUGUGAAAAAUGUGGUCCCUAGAUAUAUGGAAAAAUGAGAUGGUUUUAAGAAUACUGCGAUGAAUAGACUUCAUUGAAAAGAAUGUUAUAGUUGUGUACCAAAUGUGAAUUAUUCAGUAUUACUACAGUCUACACGUCGACUUAACCGACUCUUAGUAUUAAUGUGCUUUUGUAGCCUAUUCAGUGCAACAUUUUCGUCCAAGGUCCAGUUUGAGUAGCACAGUAUCAUUGUUGUUAUUUAAUGUCAUGUCGAUAAAUCGUGUAGUGAAAGCCUGAAAUUCCGUGUCAAUCUGUUUAUGUAGUGAUAAUUAUAAAAUCUCUGUCAAUUGCUUUGUCUGAAAGGAAGUAUUAUGUAAGUAGCUCAAUUUUCCAUAUUUAUCCGCAUGUAAAGGACCGGUAACAUGUUAGAAAUGAUCGGUAUUUAUGGAGAAAUGCGCUCGUAUGUAAAAUUUAGUUUACAAAAACAACAAAAAAAAAUGUUUGGAUACAUUUCGUACUAUAUUAAAGGAUUAAAAAAUACAAGAAUGCAAUGCGUUGGAGGUUAUUGGUUUCAUUAGUGUUUGAGGUUGAUCUCAACAUGAGUGCUGUGUUAAACUAAUGGGUUCUUUUUAUAGGAUGCAUCACCAAAACAGACCCCCUUUUUUCCACCACGAUAAUCCAUUUAGUACAGUUCCGAUGGAAGAAUAAUUGCAUGGUUAGUUGCACAAAUAAUUUUAACUCUUUAUGUGUGUGCGUAUAUGUGUGUGGGUGUGUGUGGGGGGGUGCUUUUGCAGUAGGCGCGUAUGUGUGUGUUUGUGUGUGUAUAUAGAUAUAUAUACGUGUGUGAGGCACCAGCUCAUUCUGAACGUAAAGGUUUGCCGUGUUUUAAACACGCUGUCACAACUUUUCCUGCCAGUCGAUAAUAAGUAAAUUCACUCCCCAGUUUGCAUCUUCUGUUUAUCCAAAAUUAACAUCCAACACUUUGCCCUCCAGUAAUGUGCAAAUUAAAUCGAUUAAUCACGGCGGUUGUUCCUCGGUGUAAAACCGGAUUUUUUUCCCCCCUCUUGCCUUACUUAAUUGUUCGGGAAUCUAAUUUUCCAAUCUAAUUUUUCUUUCCUGCGUUUUGUCGGAUUUCAUAGAUUUAGGGAGAGUUGGUGUAUUAGUCUGGCCCCUCAUUGUUCCUGGCUGCAGCUUGCUUGACCGCCCCAUUAGGCAGAGAUCACAUCAGCAGCCGCCACUGAUCAUGGUUAACACUGGCAGUGUGUGCACGGAGCCACGAUCUGUCAGUCUGCACCCUCGUAAAGGCUUGUCGCACAUGCCCGAAAAGAGCCACACAGCAAAUUUAACGUCCCAAAAGAAAAAAAAAAUGUACACAUAGCAGCAGAGGAAACGCGUGCGUGUGCUCGUGCAUGCUCGUCUAUAGCGGCAAAAAAUAAAUAAAUAAAACUAAAAUAAAAAAAAAAACCUAAAAACGACUCCCACCAUCUUAGAUGAUUUGUUGAAAUGUAUUGAAAUGUAUUCAUAUUUUCUUUUCACGGACUAUUAGAUUUGGAGAUAAAUGAAGGAUGGUAAUAAAAUGACUUUUUCGACUCUAUUUAACACUAUCUAUCUGGUCCCAGUGCAGAUGCUGCUCUCGUGCACCACUAUGGGGGUGAAAAAAAAUAAAAUAAAGACGCACUCCACGCCCGUGCAGUGAAUUCGUUUGCAGCUUUAUAGAAAAAUGUUCACAUGCAACUUGAAAUAUAAAUAGUUUAAAGUGGAUGUGUUAAAACUGGCUCCUGUGGUUUUCUGGGCUGGCAGAUAGUCCACACGUGCAUUUUAUUUAAAUAUAAAGUUGAUGCCAAAUUGACAAAUGUUUGAGAUAAAAGCUCAAUUCGGCAAAAAGACAAAACAAAACAAAACAAAAACAGUUUAUUUAUCAUUUGAGGGAAAGUCUUUAAAUGUGAAAUUAUGUUUCGAGUCCAGACUAAUAAUGAUGGAAAAUGCUCUUCGUGGAAUGGAUUUAAUCUCAGACUGGAUCCAUAGUUUUUGCCUGCUAAUGGCCACAGACUUGAGUUCAUACUUUAGCCACGUUGUUUUUUAAUUUCCCUGCAGAUGCUUUUAGCAAAUAGUGAAACUAAAACCUUUAAGUCUUACAAAAAAAAAAAGGAAACGAGAAAACAAACGUUAGCUCUUUGCCCUGCCAACACAACUCAAUCCAAAAAGCAGGGGACUUUACUACUUAAUUCUGACUUCGUGGUUCUGUCGUAUAACUUUACACUGAACCUGCACACGGUGUCGAAAAUGAGAUGCUCGUAAAAGAAGAGUCGACGAGAGGCUGGAGGCGACUUCCAUCAGGCUAUAGGGCUGAUGGUGACUCCAGAUCAAAUAGGAGCGCGGGGGGAAAAACAUCCACUUUAAAUGUAUCUACGCUCAAGUCUGGAAAUGACAAACAGAUAUCGGGAAAGCGCAGGCGCCAGCAUCAUGAAUAUUUAUUACCAGCACUUGUGGCCAGUAAACCGAGCCUGACGUUUGUGUUACCAAGGUAGACACGCUGCAGCUUAUGUGCGCAUCAAAAAUCAGACAGAUUCAACCUUUCUUACUUUUGUUUUCUGCUUUUUUAAAAUGCACGUGCAGUAUAUGGAAAUAGGCUUUCAUU